AUGAGCUUCGGGUGGUCAGCCGGGGAUAUCUACCAGCUAAUCGUUGUCUGCCACACCUUGAUAUCUAACUGCAACCUUGGUCCGACCUCUGCGCUCCAGAUAGUACAUGGCCUUCGAGUGGAGAUUCAAGAACUCGAGCGCCUGCUUCAACAGCUUCAGAACCUCGUUCAAGAUGGCGGCGAAACUUCCUGCAUUGACCUGCGCGGUAUCGAGGACACGUUACGAGACUGUCGCACUCACAUACAGAAAUACAACUACCUGCAGCAGGCCUAUGAUAGCCAUCACAAAAACAGCGCAGACCUGGCGACAGCAGAGAGACGGCCGUCCAUUACUUCAAGUGGUGGAGGGCGUGCGAGGGAAUUGUUAAUUUCUAGAUCCAGAAAUGCGGCCAAGGUGGGCGGGGAGCUGGUCAGGCAUGCCACUUGGGGCCACGGGCAGAUCUCUGCUCUCCAGGACCGGGUUGCGCGUCAUAAACAGUCUCUGACACUCUAUCUCACAGUCCUUGAACGGGAACGAAGCAUCCGCAUGGGGAACAGGUUACAGAGUGUGGAACGCAUGGUCCACGAACUUCAUGCCGAAACCAUGCCUCUAACUCGUUCAUACCCUUUACAGCGUGUGGGCUCUAUUCCUAACUCAACGCUUAAUACGUCCAGCGUCAGUCUUGCCGACGGCCCUGCCGCAGAUAACGACCGGUAUCACGUAAUGCUGGACGCUGUGGACCGCCAGCGUCAAUAUGCCAUGCUUCAACGUAGCAUGGCUGAGAGCGGCGAUGAUCAGGAAUGGGAGGCGAUCUGUGAUCAGUUGGAUCAAUUCCAUGAGAGAGUAUUGUAUGUGAUUGAACGGAAGACGAAUUCGAGUGCUCAGCACGGAAAUGGGAGCGAGUAUCGAUCCGGGAGUGAUAAUGACAUAGCGCUGAACAGGGCUCUGUUGAACAAGUUGAAAGGUUCGCACAGAUCUCCUCCUUCCCCUGAGCACCCAUCAUACCGCCGCAAACGUCACGCAGCAUACGAAACCCCUUUAGCAUUAAUCCGGGAUGAAACGGAGACAGAAACCGAGCGCGAAACUGUUCAGACAUCCAUACCUGUUAAUGGUGGAGAGGAGACAGAAGAGUGUCCGGAAGGUCCAAUUCGUCGCACCCUAUCGACUGCCACCUUACCCUCCUACGCACCCUCGGUGUUUUCUAAUUUCACAUUGACAAGCACUGCUGCGACUGAUGACACUGUCGUUACCGCCACACAUGUGGAAGCGCUCGGCGGCCAUAAGCCCACGUACCCAACCUUUGCCUCACAACCACUUUCCUCCAGCCCGUCCACAGUUCAUUCACUUUUUAUUCCACUGUCAACGAGCCCUGGGUCCAUUAAUUCAUACCCUACUCCUAUUAGCCCGAGAUUUACAGAGAAAAAAAAUGGGCCACAUGGCCGUGAUUCCGUAUCCAGCUACGCCAGCACAACACCCAGCGUGGCUAGUGCUGAAAAUGGAAAUGUCCCUUCGCGUAGGAGGAGUUACAGCAACGGGCGUGGUUUCGCCUCUCCCCCAUCACCGGGAAACGUGCCGAGAAGGAACACAGAUGAUUCAGGGCAUCACUCGAGCUGUGGCUGGAAGACAAUCCCGCUUAAUGGGCGGGUAAGGAUCUCAUGGCAAGGCCAUCCAACACCAGUCAGAUGUGUUCUUGCUGCCGGCUACAAGAAUGACGGGAGGAUGUGCGCCAUUCGCGCGAUAGAUCCUGGCGAUACCACUGAAAAGUUACCUACUCUCAGACUAUCCUCUGUAGAUAAGAGGACCAUACCACAUAUCGAACCGCCGGGUAACCGUGACAAAGACCUUGAAGCAGGAGUAAUCUAUUUCAUCAAGGCGCCCAAAACAAAAUAUGGUGAACAUCCACAAUACUACGUCGAGGAUCCAGACGACCUCAUCCACCUCCAAAGUUUGAUAUUCGGGAAACGGCUACUUCUCUCGUUGCUGGUCCAAAAGGUAUCUAGCGUGAACGGAAAGGAGUCAGAUCGCCAGUAUCUACGAAUCUGGGAAGACGCAGAUGGUGACGGAGAUGGUGGAGACAUAUCUAUGAUGUAUUUUGCCUCUGCAAGGGAGCGACCCCGAUAUAUUGAGAUUCACCGAAGCAACGUUGACCCAAAUCCCAAGAAGAGCCAUAAAAACACGGUCCUCGACCUGCAGCUCUUGCAGUCGGCUCAAAAUCUACGGAUAGCCUUCUUGUCUCCGUCAGACCUGCAGCUAUUUACCGAAACGCUUUUUAAACACGAGCGACCCCCUGCUUUGCAAAUCCCCCGUGUGCCUUCGCUGUUCGCUGAUGGGUCAACUUCUCUACCCUGGGCUUGUCCCUAG